CAGAAUACGCACGCACUCACACACACACGCACACAAGAGGCUAAACAGUCGCAAAACAUGGCGAGGUUAAGCGAGCAUGGGAUUCGUCUGAGUUCCAUGAGCCCUUCCUUCCUGAACAGCAACUCCACAAGUCAUACAUGGCCUUUCAGCGCCGUGGCAGAAUUGAUAGACAAUGCAUCAGAUCCUGGUGUAUCCGCCAAACAGAUCUGGAUAGACGUCGUCGAUGAAGCCGGGCACCUCUGCCUAACUUUCACUGAUAAUGGCAGUGGCAUGACACCCAGCAAACUUCACAGGAUGCUGAGUUUUGGUUUUACCGAGAAGGGCUCGGGUAAGACCAGUCACCAGGCUAUCGGCGUGUACGGGAACGGUUUCAAGUCUGGUUCCAUGCGUCUGGGCCGUGAUGCACUGAUCUUCACCAAGAACGGCGGCUGCCAGACGAUGGGAAUGCUGUCUCAGACCUACCUAGAAAACAUCAAGGCCCAGGCCGUCAUUGUCCCCAUUGUGCCCUUCAACCAGCAAACCAAGUCACUGGUGGUGACAGAGGACUCACAGGCCAGCCUGGCAGCCAUCCUCCAGCACUCCAUCAUCACCUCCCAGGAGCAGAUACUUGCGCACUUUGACUCCAUCCUCUCCAAAAAAGGCACCAAGAUAUUAAUCUGGAAUAUUCGCAGGGCCAAAGAUGGCAAGCCUGAAAUUGACUUUGAGACCGAUGUGAAUGACUUUCGCUUGCCUGAGAUUCAGAUCGAGGAGCUGAAGAAGGGACAGAGGAACAGUGGGGUCCUGAGGGCAGAGCAGAACAUCUCAGACAUACACUACAGUCUCAAGGCCUACCUAAGUGUUUUGUAUCUAAAGCCAAGGACACAGAUCAUACUGAGGGGGAAGAAGAUUCUCACUAAGCUGGUGUCAAGGGGGCUGACACACACUGAGCAUGAUGUGUAUAAACCCCACUUCAGCAAAGAGAAAGUGAAGGUGACCUUUGGGCUGAACCCAAAAAACAAAGACCACUAUGGCAUCAUGAUGUACCACAAGAACCGACUCAUUAAGGCCUAUGAGAAAGUGGGCUGCCAGCUGAAGACCUCGGGUCAGAGAGCAGGAAUCGGUGUCGUCGGUAUUAUAGAGUGUAACUUUCUGAAACCCGCUCACAAUAAGCAAGACUUUGAGUACACCAAGGAAUACAGACUCACUCUUGGUGCUUUGGGCCUAAAACUCAACGACUACUGGAAGGAGGUGACAGAGAAGAAGGCCAGAGAACGAGCUUAUCAGGCGCUAGACAGAAAUGGAAAUGAAGAUAAGCCUGAUGCUGACAAGGGUCCCAUAUGGUUACAGUGUGAAGAGUGCCUGAAAUGGCGGAGCAUCCCUGCACAUCAUUACAGUGUGAUUCCUGAAAGCUGGAACUGCAGUCAGAACCCCAACCCACGUUACAGAAGCUGCUCUUCACCAGAGGAAGCAGAAGAGAGUGAGGAGCUGUUAACACCCAGCUACCAGAAAAACCACAAGAAACAAGAGUGUUACAAAAACAGAAAACGAGAAAAAUCACUAGAGGACGAACUGACGGAACCUUACGUCCUCUCAGUUAGCUCAUCAGAGCCCAGCCACCACAGCUCCCAGUCCACACACACACCUGAUCACAUAGGAUGCCACUCAGAUGAAAACACACUCGAUGAACAUCAUCAGACAAACACAGAUCAUCACACAGACACAUACACAAAUCAUGAUGAGGAGAUGCAGAACAAGGUCACAGCUGAAUUUGCACACACACUGAAGCCUGUCGGAACAAACAUGGUCAGUAAAGACGAGACACAAAUCACAGAGGGACAGGUGGAAAAUGAGACAGACAUGGAGCCAGUGGAGAGAGAAGAGGAGAGCACAGACACAAUAAGCCACAAAAGGAAAUCGGAAUUAUUUUACUGUGUGACAAAGAAGCCGUGUCUCCAGGAGUCCGACUCAGAGAAUAUGGCAGAAGACAUGAAUCAUGAGAAACAAACAAAUGCCUCUGAGACCCUUUCUUUGAAGAAAACCAAACAAGACAGUAGCAGUCAAGCAGAGGAGACGAGCGACACGGCACAGGAGCCACCCUCCAGCCCCACCUGGACCUGCUCGCUCCCCUUCACCCAGACGGUGGUGGUCUCUGCACUGAAUCUAACAGAAGCGCCAACCAGCAGUCCACUGCCACCUAAAGCGAGUGACCAGGAGGCUCAAGUGGAUACACUGGCUGGACUGCAGAAGGAGGUUCAGAGGCUGAGGAGGCUGCUAGGUCAGGAAACCACAAAGACAAGUCAAGGCACGAUGACAGUAGCUGACAGCAGCACUGACAAGCCAAAUGAACCAUCACCACACACAGCAAAGAGAGCAGUCGGCUGCCAGACGGAUAUGGCUGAGAGCUCUACUUCCUCCAGUGGACUGGCCCAGGGUCAGAGACUUGUAUGCGAGUCAAACGGAACCAGGAAGGAGAAGAGUGAAACUCAGAGCAGGACAAGAGUCAGUGACAGCGAAGCCUGUGAAGACCCCAGACUGGCACUGGAGAAUCUGCGUGACAUCCGCAACAACGUGGUGGUGCUUCUCACGGCCCUCCUGCCCCAACUGGACCUGGCUGGCAUCAGUAUGGACACCACCGAUGUAGACAACAUCCUGCAGCAGAUCAUAGAGGUCAACUCACUGAAACUAUGAUCAGCAGAUCUCUUUUAGCAGAGGUUGAUAUUUUUCCUACAUUCAUAUACAAGGUUUUGUUUGAUAAGACCAUGUAGAAUCCAAAUAUACAGUAGGUGGUUAUAACUAUCAUGUAAUGCUCCCUUGGAAAGUCCUUCUCACGUUAUUGUUUUAUUAUGGAUAAACUCUGUAAUAUAUUUUAUGUCCAGAUAUAAGUGUGCAGGUGGUCAUAAUAACUUGCAUUGCCUCAAAAUGCCUCCAGUGACAGUUUUACCAGGGCAGCACACCAUUACUGAUAUUGGUAUACACUGCUGAUGUAGUAUUCUGUUUAUACAAAAGUCUGUGAAAAUAGGAUAAAAAUCUGAGGCACUGUUUUACAUGAUCAUAUUCUCAACUGGGCGGCACGGUGGGUAGCGUCUUUGCCUCACAGUGAGAAGGUUGCAGGUUCGCGACCUUUCUGUGCGGAGUUUGCAUGUUCUCCCCGUGCUUGCG